AGAAUAUGUUGAAAAUUAUUUGAUGUGAGACGACGCGGUGUGUUAAACUGAUUCUUGAAUUCUGACCUUUUUCAGAUGAUGAAUUUUUAAUAUGAGGGGGGACUGGAUAUAACAGUGGUGUGCAGAAAUGUGUGGAACAAAUGUCGUAAAAUUGAUGCUGAGAACCUUUAAUGCAAGGGAGUAGACUCUGAAGGUACCGGGCUGGGACUGGUCUGUGAGUGUGGUGACCCCUGCCGUAGUUUCAUCAACAUUAGACCGCCAUUUUGUGGAUCAUACACAUCAUUUCGGCUUCUUAAUUUAAUCCUUAACGCAAUCCUACGCCUCAAAAUUCAAGUUGGUGAACUUCAAAAGUUUCAGAGUGAUGAGUGAUCCAAUGGAGGUGGAUACAAACCCCUUCGGAGUAGACUUCUCAUUGAAAGGAAAGACGAAACAAUCCCAACUAGAUGAUCUGCUAGAAACUAGAAGAAGAUCAGGACGGAAACGUGAGGACAAAUCUUACGUAGAAUGUCCGGACAUCGUGAUAGAGGAGGACUAUUUGUCCAAACCGAGUCCUGCGAAACGACCGAACCUAAACAACUCCCUCGGGAGGAUCGGAAACCAUUUAAACAACUCCAACGGGAUCGAGAUGGAGUCGGAGGAGGAAGAAAUAGACGAUGACGAUGAAAAUGAAAUUCAAAUACCCUCGCCCAAAGAAAUUUCAAGCUCUGAACUCCGAGAGCGAUUGGAACUGGUGAAAAAACUGAAGAGUGAAUUAAAAAAUGAAGAAAUGGCGCUGGUGCUGCUUAAGAAGCUGAAGCAGUCCCAGCAGCUACCCCGUGAAGUGACAAGUCUGGGGGGAGGAGCUACCUUAACUGCUUCUAAACCACCACAGAAAAAUGAUCCAAAGAACCUACAGAGACAAAACUCAUCAAAUGAUAUGCUCAACUCUGAAAAACUUAAGAUGUUGGCGAAGACCAAUUCUAACUCGCUAAGUUCAAGUCUGCUGAGCGCUGGACUCGACUCACGGCUGCUCGCGGCACACGCGGAGAAGAAAACUGAGCAGCAGAAGAAGGAAGAUUCUCAGACGCAGCAGCAACGACAAGCCGCUGCUAAGCUCGCACUACGAAAACAACUGGAGAAAACCUUGUUGCAGAUUCCUCCCCCUAAGCCUCCUCCACCAGAGAUGCAUUUUAUCCCUAACCCUGCGAACACUGAGUUCAUCUAUCUGACCGGUCUAGAGGAGUGUGUGACAAGGAUUCUUAACCUAGACGCUGUUAUUCCUUCAAUGCCUGUUCCCUUCACUUGCUCUCAAUGCCAGACCGACUUCACUCCGACCUGGAAGUGGGACAAGGCGGUCAAAGGUAAAGAAGUUCGUGUUAUUUGUGAGCAGUGUGUGACCAGUAACCAAAAGAAAGCUCUAAAGGCUGAGCACACCAAUAGACUCAAAGCUGCAUUUGUGAAAGCGCUCCAGCAAGAGCAGGAGCUGGAGGCAAAGAUCGCCAGUUUACCCGAGGGCGCUAGCUUGGACACCGUAGUACCCAGUAACUCUAAGAAGAUUGGACUAGAGGUUACAGUAUCUAGAUCUCGUUCUCCCAGUGUGAGCCGGCCAGCCACUACGACGUCUUCGUCCUACAGACAUUCAGACAACAGAACUAACCGUAGUAGUCACCAAUCCAGUCAAAGUUCAAAGUCCGCUAGGACGCCAGAUUCUAUUUAUUCCUCGUACUUAAACAACUCAUCCAACAGAUCCUCAUCCAACAAAAACUCAAACAGCUCUAUGUCCAAUCUUGCCUCUAACCUUCAAGGGUUUGAUAUUGCAAGCCUGGCUGCUCUCCAGGCAGCUGCUACCCAGCAACAGCUUCUCUACGGUGGAUCGGGAGCCGCUGCGUCAUCGAACAGCAACAGCAGUAAAGGAAACAGCAACAGUAACGCAAACAGCGCCGCGAACAGUAUGUCUCAACUGGCAGCAAUGUCACAGGCGAUGAUGAUGUACCCGACUUACCAAGCACUGGCGAUGGCACAGUUGAUGGGUGCGGCGGGUGGCGGUACAAACGGUUCUUCCGGUUCCGCCGGCGGUGGCGGUAAAUCUAGUAGUAGCAGUCAAUCAGCUGCUAAUCAAAUGUAUGAGCUGCAACGGCAGGCUGCGGAGCAGUUACAGAGACAAUAUUUACUAGACAUGAUUCCUCCUGGUAGUUUAGCACAAUCAUGGCAGGGAAAGAAAUGAAAGCACUCCUAUCCACGCUACCUUAUAAACACGUAAUCUAGAGUUGGACAAUUACAAAAGUGAUAAAUAUAAAACUCUAAUCGUGUGAUCCUGAAAUGUGUGACUAGAGGGCGGGAGACGAACUCUUGACUACAAGAUAACCCGAAGUUAUCUCCUCAUCCGAUUAACAAAUCCUGAUCAGUGAUGAAACUCGACUCUCGUCAGGAUGGGUUUUUUCUACUCCCGAGUUUGCUGCCAUUAAAAAAACCAUGACUGAUCCAAGACAAAAGUCCUGUAAAUCACUGGAAAGUGCACGAGUACAAAUAAAAGGUUUGGGUUGAGAAACCCCAGUGAUACAACCCUGUUGAAUUGUGUGUACUACAAUUACAAGUCAUGGAUUUCUUAAGUAGGUUUACUAAAUAAAACCAUCUGGAUUACCCUCACGAUAUGGAGAGGGAUGAACUGACAAUUUGAUGGAAAUGUAGAAGCAUAGGACUUCAACCCAAACGUGCUGGUUUCAAUGAACAAGGAGGAAGAAGUCUCCAGAACUGACGAAGAGAAACUGAGUAACCCAAACCGAAAGGGAUCAAAACGGCGCGGAGAAGGGAAUGCUUUGGAGAAAGAAAUGCAACUCCAAACCUGAAGGGAUGAAAUCAGUCACGGGAACCCCUAAACCGCAAGGGAUAUUAUCUGUCGAAGUGAAAAGUUUUGACGAAAUGAUAUCAAGCCGAGUAAUCCUGAAACCUGGCGGGUUUAUGUCUGACGGAGUACAAAAUCCUUUAACCGAAUGGGAUUAAAGGGGAUUAAAUCGGAGGAGGAGUUAAGAUAACGAUCUUGUUACUGUUUGGUUCUGUAUGGAAGUAUACAUAUUGUUUUAUAUCUUAUUCAAGCAUAAUUGAAUAUACCUUAUACCAAGGUAAACUAGUUAAUAAAUAUUUCACGGUGAUAUUAAA